CUCUCUUCCUUUUUUCCCUUUGGUCAGCAAGGGAAACCCUCUUCUCUUCGAGCAGACCUUGAAGGAUAUAAUUCCAACUCGGACUUUUUAUUCUUCCUCUGCAUCCAUCAUCUUUGACCUAGGAUUCGCUGUGCUGCAAUACCUGCCUUACACUCAACCUCUCCAUCCUCUGCCAACCCCCCUCUCCACCUACGACCAUGGCGUCGCCGAAGAAGAAAAUCGCCAUCAUGACCUCGGGAGGCGACUCCCCUGGCAUGAACGGAGUUGUUCGAGCCUGUGUUCGCAUGGCGCUGCACAUGGGCUGCGACGCAUACUGCGUGUACGAGGGAUACGAGGGCCUGGUCAAGGGCGGCGAUUACAUCAGGAAGAUGGCGUGGGAUGAUGUCCGUGGCUGGCUGUCCGAAGGUGGCACACUCAUCGGAACGGCCAGAUGCAUGGAGUUCUAUGAGCGGCCUGGCCGUUUGACCGGCGCCAAGAACAUGGUCCUGAAUGGCAUCGAUGCGCUGAUCAUCUGUGGCGGUGACGGCUCGCUCACUGGUGCCGACAAGUUCCGAGCAGAGUGGCCUUCGCUAUUGGACGAGCUCGUCCAGAAGAAGGAGCUGACCAAGGACCAGGUCGCUCCCUACAAGCACCUUAACAUUGUCGGCACCGUCGGCUCGAUCGACAAUGAUAUGUCCGGCACAGACGCCACCAUCGGUGGUUACUCUGCCCUCUCCAGGAUUUGCGAGAUGGUCGACUAUAUCGAGGCAACAGCCUCGUCGCACUCGCGCGCUUUCGUCAUCGAGGUCAUGGGCAGGCACUGUGGCUGGCUGGCCCUCAUGGCCGGGGUUGCCACUGGAGCCGACUUUGUUUUCAUCCCAGAGAAGCCUAGGGAGGACAACUGGAAGGAGGAGAUGUGCUCGAUUGUUCGCAAGCACCGCAGCCUUGGCAAGAGGAAGACUAUCGUCAUCAUCGCCGAGGGCGCGCAUGACAGACACAGCAACAAGAUCUCACCGAACAUGAUCAAGGACCUCCUGGCCGAUCCCAAGGGCCUCCACCUCGACACCCGGAUCACAACCCUUGGUCACGUCCAGCGAGGCGGUACCGCUGUUGCCUAUGAUCGGAUGCUGGCCACUCUACAGGGUGUCGAGGCCGUCAAGGCUGUACUCGAGGCCACACCCGAGACCGAGACUUGCUUCAUUGCUAUUACCGAGAACAAGAUCGUCCGGCGGCCGCUGAUGCAGGCAGUGAUAGACACCAAGGCUGUGGCCAAGGCCAUCGAGGCGCAGGACUUUGACAGGGCCAUGGCACUUCGUGACACCGAGUUUGCCGACCAGUACGCAUCAUACAUGCUGACAACGACAGCAAACCUGAAUGGUGAACACAAGCUGCCCGAGGACAAGCGCAUGCGGAUCGGCUUCAUCAACGUUGGCGCGCCAGCAGGUGGAAUGAACGCCGCCAUCCGGGCUGGUGUGGCAUACUGCAUCUCCCGCGGGCACGAGCCCCUUGCCAUCCACAAUGGGUUCGCUGGGUUUGCCAGACACCACGGCGACAAGCCAGUAGGAGCUGUACGGGGCUUCGACUGGCUGGAGGUGGACGGCUGGGCCAGCAAGGGUGGUUCUGAGAUCGGUACCAACCGUGAGCUGCCCAAGGAGUCGGGCAUGGAACACAUCGCCAACCUUAUCAAGCAGUACAAGUUUGACGCUCUCUUUCUCAUUGGAGGCUUUGAGGCCUUCCAUGCCGUGUCACAGCUUCGUAUCGCGCGGGAACAGUUCCCUUCACUCCGCAUUCCCAUGGUGACCCUGCCAGCCACCAUCUCCAACAACGUUCCCGGAACCGAAUACUCGAUUGGCUCCGAUACCUGCCUGAACGAGCUGAUUGAUUACUGUGACAAGAUCAAGCAGUCUGCCUCAGCUGCCCGCCGCCGAGUCUUCGUGAUCGAGACCCAGGGCGGACGCUCUGGGUACGUGGCCACUCUUGCGGGCCUCGGCGUCGGUGCUGUUGCCGUAUACACACCUGAGGAGGGCGUCAGCCUGGGGAUGCUCGAGGCAGACGUGCGCCACCUCAAGAACGUGUUCGCCAAGGACAAGGGCCAAUCACGCGCGGGACGGCUGAUUCUGAUAAACGAGAAGGCUUCCAAGGUCUACAGUGCGAAACUGAUCGCCGACAUCAUCCGCGAGGAGGCUCACGACCGCUUCGAAUCGCGGGACAGCAUCCCAGGACAUGUGCAACAGGGCGGUGUGCCGUCGCCCAUGGACAGGUGCCGUGCCGCUCGUCUCGCCAUCAAGUGCAUCCAGCACCUGGAGAAUUUCGGGCGCGAUGCGGCGGACCGUGUCAUGUCAGACCCCAUGAGCUCUGCGGUCAUCGGAAUCAGGGGUGCGAGCGUGGUGUUCACACCCAUGAAGGAGGUCGAGGAGAAGGAGACGGACUGGGCCAACAGGAGGCCGAUCGAGGAGCACUGGGUAUACAUGAAGGACACAGUCGAUAUCCUGGGCGGCAGACCUCCAUAUCCUAAGCCCGAGCAGAAGUUGACGGGGCUGAAGGCGAAGGACGUUAAGCGUGGUCUAGAGUAAUUGUUUGGAGAGAGAGAUACACCCUCACUACCUAGAGUUAUUGACUUCUCGACUCUUGAAUCAAAACACAAUCU